GUUAGGGGAUGUUUGAAGCCUAUGUAUAUGGAGUCACGACGUACGACGCAACGCAGUUCGUCAUGACCUGAAGUGAAUCACGACAGGAUUUCUACAGUGACGUGAAAUUUAGGUUACAUGCAAUUAGGCAUGGCUGAGCCCGCGCGCUGCAUAUUCACCAGCAGCUAAAACAAAAAACAAAAAAACAACCUCUUCCUGGUUUUUGCGCUUCUUCUUCUUUUUCUUUUUUUAUAAUGUAAACUGUAUAUUUCUUUUCCCGCCCUGAACUUGCUCAGACUAUCUUACAAUCUGUUUUUUUUUUCUUUUUUCUUUCUAUGAAGUGCGGAGAGCGGCUGCAUGCGCUCUGCGUGGACGCGCUGACAGGAGUGCGCCGGUGAAGUGGAGCGCGUUUGCGGAUUUCUCUUUGGAAGACGCCGCUUCAUGCUUCGUGCACCUGUGGACGCCUGCACACGCUCACACCAACAGGACACCUUUUUUUAAAAAAAAAUAUAUAUUUCUUAAAUUGUUUUUUCCUUCUUCAUAUCCACGAGCCGUUUUAUUUUUAGGGGCUCUCUCCAGCUGCAUAAAGCGCUGUGUCGGAUGCACGGCGGGAUUUUAAGCAGCCUGGUCAGAUUCAGCACCACAUCAGCUUUGAACGGCUCCCUGUCGCCGCGUGUGGAUGGGCUCUGUCGGUCUCCGUGUCUCGUGCAGCUCCUAACUACCGGCAACAAUGGCAUCACACGGUUUUUGGUCUCUUGGCGGAGAUAAUACUGGGGCCAAUACCGGGAGUCAAAGCCCCAGUACGCCCAGGGCUUGGUGCCAAGCGGCGGCCCAGAAAUUAUCCGGAGGAAUUGGAUCGAAAUUAUGUGCGCUGCUCAAUGUCGGGGAGGUGGAGAAACCCGGCGAGUCGGCCGCCAAGCAGCCGCCGCAGACGACUGCCUCCAACUGCGGCUGCAACAAAUCCUGCAACUGCACCAAAGCUGGCGUCGCCUUCUCCGACCUCUAUUCAACAGACCUGUUACCUGCCAUGGACGGUGACACCAAAACAAUGACCUUCCUGCAGGAAGUGGUGGAUAUUUUACUGGCCUACAUCGUGGAGUCUUUCGACCGGGAUACCAAAGUGAUUGAUUUUCACUAUCCAAACGAGCUGCUGCAGAUGAACAACUGGGAGCUGCAGGAGGAGCCCGCGACUCUGGAUGAUAUCUUGAUCAGCUGUCGCGCGACCCUGAAAUACGCCAUCAAGACAGCCCACCCCAGGUACUUCAAUCAGCUCUCUACAGGAUUAGACAUGGUUGGCCUGGCAGCCGAUUGGCUAACGUCCACCGCCAACACCAACAUGUUCACCUAUGAGGUGGCGCCCGUCUUUGUGCUGCUGGAAUACGUCAGUCUGAAGAAGAUGAGGGAGAUCAUUGGUUGGCCCGACGGCCGAGGAGAUGGCAUUUUCUCCCCUGGUGGUGCUAUUUCUAACAUGUACGCCAUGCUGUUGGCCCGCUUCAAGAUGUUCCCUGAAGUGAAGGAGAAAGGAAUGUCAUCUGUUCCCAGACUGGUGGCCUUCACGUCUGAACACAGCCAUUUUUCAAUCAAAAAAGGUGCAGCAGCUCUCGGCAUUGGGACUGAGAGUGUGAUCUGCAUCAAAGCAGAUGAAAGUGGUAAAAUGAUCCCAGCCGACCUUGAGAGGAGAAUACUGGAGGCCAAACAGAAGGGGUUCGUACCUUUCUUUGUGAGCGCGACUGCCGGAACGACGGUGUACGGGGCCUUUGACCCUCUCAUCGCCAUUUCUGACAUCUGCAAGAAGUACAACAUCUGGAUGCACGUGGACGGCGCGUGGGGAGGGAGUCUCCUCAUGUCCAGGAGACACAGGUGGAAGCUGGACGGAGUUGAGAGAGCUAAUUCAGUAACAUGGAACCCACACAAAAUGAUGUCAGUCCCUCUGCAGUGUUCUGCCCUGCUGGUCAGAGAGGAGGGUCUGAUGCAGAACUGCAACCAGAUGCACGCCUGCUACCUGUUCCAGCAGGACAAACACUACGACCUGUCCUACGACACCGGGGACAAGGCGCUGCAGUGUGGACGCCACGUGGACAUCUUCAAGCUGUGGCUCAUGUGGAGGGCCAAGGGCACCAUUGGGUUCGAGGCUCAGAUCGACAAGUGUCUGGAGCUGUCCGAGUACCUCUACAAUAAGAUCAAGGACCGAGAAGGAUACGAGAUGGUCUUUGACGGGAAACCUCAGCACACCAAUGUCUGCUUCUGGUACCUCCCUCCCGGGAUCCGCUACAUGGAGGACAAAGAGGAGAGGAAGAAACACUUGCACAAGGUGGCCCCGGUGAUUAAAGCCAGGAUGAUGGAGUACGGGACGACCAUGGUCAGCUACCAGCCGCAGGGGGACAAGGUCAACUUUUUCCGCAUGGUGAUCUCGAACCCCGCUGCUACCUUCGAGGACAUCGACUUUCUUAUCGAGGAGAUUGAACGACUCGGCCAAGAUCUAUAAGACUCGUCUCACCAAGUCCUCCUGUACUCCCCCCACCCCCCCCUUGACGGAUGAAUUGUUUGUCGUGAAUGUACUGGUAAACUUUUUCUUUUCUUUUCUCUCUCUCUUUCCUGCAAAGUCACAUAUUUAAGAGUAUAUUUGAGAAAAAAAAAAAAGAUCUACAGAUAUAUCCAUAUAUUAUGUAUUGUAGCUUUGCCGUGGACCGACUUGGUCCAAAGCUAUGUAAAAGUGCUUCUGUCUGCUUUUCCUAUAGUGCAGUAGACCCCAGAGUAGUGUAAGUGAUGUAACUUUAUAUGUACUUUUUGUGAUAUGAAAUGCUUGUGCAAUAGGUCGAUGAGGAGGAGUUUGUUUUCAAAUCAUUUUCUCAUUUGCCGGGUCUGUUGUUAAGUGCCAAAUGUGGUUGUGUUCUAUUGUAACUUUCAAUUUUAAACUUCUGGUUUAAAACUUAAAACUUAAGAAAAAAAAAAGAAGCACUUCACCUUACCUCAGCUUAAUCAACUGCCUUCUAACAUCUGCACAUAGUCCUUUCAAGCAGUGAUUUUUCGGGACGAAUUCUCAUACAGUAUACCAGCACAUGUUGAAAAAAACCACCCGCAACCAGAGCAGGCUGCUGUAUGGAUUUGGAGAUAUUUACAAGAAAGUUACAGCAAAGUCAACUCCAAGCAUGAAUGAAGGCAUGUUGGUCCACCAUGCAUCACCUUGGCCUUUGAGGCUUGUUCGAUCCAGUUUUGUUUGUUGUGUCACCAGCUGUAUGCAGAGAUCAAAACGGAGCACCAUUUCCAACCAAGGCUGUAUAUUUAGCUGUGCUGAGUGUGCUUUACGUGUCAUAAUGAGGAUAAUCAGCGCUUCAGAGGUAACGUUAAGUUACAAUCCUUGAGAUUUUCUCCGGCGGAGUUCGCCUUUCCCGUUGGGGAUUCGAAUUGCAUUCCCUCGCACACAUGGGUUCAGUGGAAAAACGCAGCAAACACAAACUAUAGAAAAGAAGACUAAAGAUGUCGAGUGUUCACUUUUAAUCGUAUGCAGAAGACAAUUUGAUCAUGAGGUCAGUAUUAUUUCUAAUGACGGCCCUCUUUAGCCUUCUUUUUUAAGGCGCAAUAAAUACUCUCAGCCCGGGGUUUGUACACAGGCGGCGUCAUGGAGUGCUGCAGGAAUGAGUUGUUAAAAACCUGGAAAUAAGUUAGCUUUUCUUAUUUUAGUAUCUUGUCUUUCUGAACCAAACAUAGAAGUAUCAUGACCUUUUUUUUGACACAGAUUUUAUUUUUUGCAAUAAUGGGGAAAAAAAAAUCCCAUUGGCUUUUAGUCGAGGUAACCAGGGUGAUGCUAACUUCCAGGUUGCUAACUUCCCUGCAGUGCACUAUGAAGAGAGCUGAACACCUUGCUCCAAGAAGCCGCCACAUGCACAAUGUGUGAGUGUUUUAUGGCCUUCAGGAAAAACGUAGUUCAUCUCUCCACAGCCAUUGUUUUAGUAGUUUUAGGACCAGUGGGCAUCAAAAGACCUGUAGUACCGACUGUGGCCACUAGUGUCCACUAUUAUCAAGACGCUCUUGUCUCCAAAUCAACCAGGACUAAAAAUCUUAAUGAUUCUAACUUUAAAUGAACAAACCUCUCAUAUGUAGUUCUUACGUAGAGAGGCCAUGUUUUUGGAAGAGCACUUACUGAAAGAUCGAGGAUCUUGAGAAACCGGGAGCGGGGCAAUAAUUGUUUUAUUUGGAUAUAGGAACGUCACCAGAUUUGCAGCUACUGCAUACCUGACAUCACUUGCACUAAAUCAUCUGCAGGAGGAGGAGGAGCAUCCCUUAGCAUUGCAACUGAGAUUUCUUCUGUAAUUCAUUCACAAGCAAUAUUCGAGUAUGGGUCCAAUCUGUAUACCCUGCAAAAUAUCAAAAAGGAACGGUGAAUUCAAGUGUACAAUAGUUAACAAUAAUCAAGUCUCCAGACCAAAUGCACAGUAGUUAGCAAAAAAAAAGAAAAGUAAAAACAUGCUUACUGUAGGCAGGUUAGUUGAUGGAUCGUGAACCCUGAUUUCACACGCAGAGGUUCUGUAGCAUUUUCAUUAGAACACGUUAGAAAAGCACAAUUUGCUCAACAUGGUCGGUCAGUGUACAAUCACUUUUGAUCAUAAAUUGUAAAUAGUAUUUCAAGAUGUCCUAAGUACAUAUCUUUGUGUAUACAUACGUGUAUAUAAGACAUAUAACCAGAGACUAUUUGUGAGGUAAAGUUAUUCAUAUUUUCUCUAUCUCCGAUAUAGAUUAACUUGUAUUUUCAUCCUGUUAGUCCAAAAAGGCUUUUUCUUUUCUUUUCUUUCUGUAUGUGUGUACGUACGUACGUAUGUAUGUAUGUAUGUGUGUGUGUGUGUGUGUGUGUGUAUGUCACACACGCGGUUCGGUUUGUGACUCUUCUAGCUAUUUCAAAGAAAAUGUGUUUCAGGGACUGGCUUUAAAGAAACUGACAGAUUUCACCUUGAAACACUCGCGAGUCUCACUCACAGAGACGAACAGUGAGACUCAGGCGUGUGGAUUUUAAAUGUAUAUGCAAAGCCAUUUUGACUCUGAAGCCCUGUGUGUGUUUUUCUGUGCACAAGUGAUACUUGACGGUAUGUGCCAACGUGUACCUUAGUGUGUUUGUAACUGUGUUGCCUUAGUAUAAAUUUGCCAGUAUUGUCUAGUCUCCUCCGACGGGGAGGUCGUGCACUUUAGAGUAAAAACACAUGACCUAAUAACGUGCAAUGUCCAAUGGUUGUUCAUAAGUUGAUGUUUAAAAAAAUUCUACUCAAAAAAAAGAAAAAGAAAAUGUAACCUAAGCUCUUUGGUCUGAAUGUGUCAUGAAUCAGGGGUCUGUUGGAAGAUGAAAGCAUUUGAUUUAUUUUACUUUUGGCAGUUUGUUGAUAUAAAGCUUCUUGUUUAACCGUCUUACAUCCCAACAGAGAGUAGCCAAGAGUUUUAAAAGUUUAAAGCUCCUAUAUUAACCCCCCCCACCCCCCCCCCCCCCCCCCCCCCCCAAAUAAAAUUGGCGUACCACACUGUGACACAGACAACAUCAGAUUUAUUAACAGCGACAAAGGAAUCUCACUGUGGUAGUCUCGGAAAGCCAGACAUUUCGUAUCUCUUGCUGCUGCUGCUAGACUUGCUUCCUUUGCACGUGCAUGCGAUGCCUUGCCUAUCCAGCUUGUUUGAUAUUCAAUCUCCUCUAUAUCUAUUUAUAUAUAUUUAUAUAUACAUAUAUACAGUACGUGUAGCACCUGUAAUUAGCUUUAGUGUCCGAUGUAUAGCCUAGCCUGUAGAUUUAGUGCACUGUCGCUCUAGCCUUUACGUGUGAUAUCUGUGUCUUGGGCUUCCUGUAAAAGUUUUCUCCGUGCCGCACAGCAUGCUAACCUCGCCUAGCAUUGUAUACCUCUCCGCGCUUGAUCUGACUAUCUCUUUCCUCUGUCUUUUCUCUUCUGCUUGAAGACUGUCGCUGCUCAGAACGUAGAGUAUUAUAUCUAUAUGUGUGUAGUCCCUCAGCAUGUCUCUCUCUCUCUCUCUCUCUUUCUGAAAGCUGUUCUCUGCUUCCGCACCUGUACGACCCUUUUCUCUCUUUCUCUUCCGCUUCGCCCUCUCUGGUAGCAGUGACAACGUAUAAUCCUCGAACCGCUUUCCUCCAAACGUUUUUCUCUUGGCUACCCGCUGUCGUUCUGUUUGUGUGUCUGAGACGGUUUGUUGGCUCGUGUCAUGGUGCCAUUAGCGUCAAUGUUUUUGGUUUGGUUUGACCAAGGCCCCUCCUGGACUCUAUGGGAUGUAUGAGAAAGAGAUUUAGGUUUGAUUGUCCAAAAGCUUGUGUAAUGCAGGUGUUGUUGGCCUUUUAACACAGAAACGAAGAAAAAAAUGUACCCUGGUUUCUUGCUUACAGGAAAUAUUGUUUGUUUAUGAGAGCAAUUAAAACCCCUAGUACUCAGAGUGCAGUUCAUUCUCACUAAAUAUGGUGCAAUUUUGAAUCAUAUAUUCUGCAAACUGCUGUGCUCGCUUCUCUCAAACAUUCAUUUGUCCUGAACUAUAUGUUACUCUUGGGAAAAUAGAAAUAAAUAUUGUCAAAACAAAGAUGA